AUGCUUUUGUUAAUAAUUUAUGCUUUAAUAAGGAUUAAAAUGUUUUUUUUAAAGAAUAGAUGUUUAUUUAUGUUCAGUGAGUUUAUUAAUAAAACAUACUUAAGUUGUAAUAUUAUUAAAUCGAAUAAAAUAAAGAUUAAGUAUUUUACUUCUUUAAAAAGUAUUUAUGAUUAUGAUUCAUCGCAUGAAAAUGUAGAUUUUAAUAAUAAAUUGAAGAACACAAAUGAGUGUAAUACUUCCUUUUUAGCUUAUAAUAGUAAACUUAAUAAUGAAAGUCUAAAAAGUACUAUUUUUAUCGAUAAUAUGGAGGAUUUGAAAAAUUAUUUUGAGAAACAUUUUAAUGAAAUGAAAAAUUAUGAUUAUAUACAUUUUUUAUUUAAAAUAUAUGAAAUAAUAUUUUAUAACUUUUAUAAAAAUUACGAGCAUUCAGAAAAUUUUAAACUUAAUAAUCCACAUUUUGUUUAUUUAUCUUUUAUACAAUAUUUAGAUAAUUGUUUAAAAAAAAACAAUAGUGUUGAAUCAACUAAGAUGUGCUAUGAAAAUAAUGAAGUAAUACUUCGUAAAAAUUGUAAUAAUGAGAAUAUAAGUAAUUAUAUAGAAGAGAAAGAAAGAAAUAAUGAAAAAAAUAAUAUAAAAAAUAACAUAGAUAAAAAUUAUUCAAGCAAUUAUACUAUGAAUAAUAGACCAUUAUUCAAUGAACCUUCAAGUAAUUAUAAUACUUUAGAAAAAAUGAAUAUAAAGAUUACUAAUGAUGAAAGCAAAAAUACAGAAUCAUUUAAUAGUGAUUAUUACAUUUAUAAUAAUAACAAAACUAAUUAUAUUAGAAAUUCUCAUUUAGAAGAAAAUUCCUGUGAUAAAAAUAAUUAUAUGAACAAAAUAAACUUAAAUACAUUGAUGAAAAUAUAUUGUAAUUAUGUAAUAUAUUUAGAAAAUGUUAAUAUAAAAAAAGAAAGUUGGAAUGAAUAUAUAUCUUCAUUUUUAACUAAAAGACAUAUGGAAUUUUACACAGAGUUAUUGAAUACAAUAUAUAAAAAAUUAUUUUUCUUUUCAUGUAAUGACAUAAUUAAUUUUUUAUAUAUCUUAAAAAGAAUUAAUAUAUCAUCAAUGAAAGAUAUAUAUAUUUUAGUAGAAAAUACAAUUUUACAAAACUUGAAAUUCCUUGAUGAAGAAUACUUAAUUAGGGUAGGAUAUAUUUAUUUAAAUAAUUCUAAUAAAAAAAAAAACAUAAAUUAUAUUAAUAGAUAUAAUAGUAAAAAUUUUAUAGAAACAUAUAUAAAUUUUGUUCAAAGUAAAAUUAAAUCAAUGGAUAAUCAAAAUUUUAUAAAACUGUUAGAAUUUAUCAGUAAUAAUAAUUAUAAGCAUAUUCAUUUCUAUAGAGAAUGUAAAAAUGAAGUAUAUAAAAGGUAUAAUAAUUUUACUGAUGAACAAAUAAUGAAACUAUUUUACCUUUAUUCUCAAAAUAUUAAUGCAUCAGAUAAAAUUUUGAUGCAUAAUUUCUUAAAUUCCAUAGUAGAUAUGUUUUCAGAUAAUCUCAUAGAACAAAAAAAUAUAGUUAAAAUACAGAUAAAUAAAUUAAAUAAAAUAGAUGAUGAAAAUGAAUCACAUAAAAUAAAUAAAUUAAAUGAAAAAAUUGAACCAAAUAAAAAUGAAUUGAAAAAAGAAAGUAAAGAAUUAAACAUUCCCAUAUAUGUUAUAUUAAAUGGGAUAUGGGCAAAUGCAAAAUAUUUUAAAGAUUAUCCCUUUUUAUUAAAAAAAUGUGAAAUGAUAAUUCUGAAAAAUUUUAAAAAUUUUGGUAGUUCAACUAUUAGCAUGCUUAUAUGGGCAUAUAGUACAGUUGAAAAUAAAAAUAAUGAUUUAUGUUUUAAUAAUAAUUUAUAUUUAAAGUUAAAAGAAAGAGCUUUAAUGCUUUACAAGUUUAUGACUCCAAAACAAUUAUCCAAUAGUUUAUUAGGAUUAUCAACAACUCUUGGAAGAACAAUUAAUAAUGAAGGAGAUGUAAAUAUUGACUAUCAUGAAGAAAUAGAAAAAUAUUUGUUAGAAAAAGAAAAAGGAAUAAUUGAAAAAGAGAAAGAUAUAGAAAAGGAAAAUAAAAAAAAUUAUAAAAAUUUUACUUUUUUGAACUUUUUCACAUCUGAAGAUCUAGCAAAUAUGUGUUACUCUUAUUCAUUAGUUAGAUGUGGUAGUAAAGAACUUCAUACUUUGUUACAGUCAGCCUUAUUAAAUAAAUUGAAUGAUUUGUCUCCUCAAAAUAUUUCAAAAAUUGCAUAUGCAUAUGGAAAUUUAUAUUUCUUUUCCUCAUAUACACUUCUUAGUUCAUUACAAUAUGAAAUUUUACAAAGAAUACAUCAAUUUUCUCACUAUGAGAUCUGUGAUAUUUUAUGGUGUUAUUGUAUUAACAAAUUUUUCGAUGCAAAUUUCUGGAAAUGCAUGUUACAUGUAAUUAAUAUUGAAAAAAUUAAUGAUCCUCGUUGUUCUUUAUUAUAUUCUUCUCUUUCUUAUGUAAAUUUAAUUAAUUCUUCUAUUCUCGAUUCAUAUAAUGUAUUAAGAAUUUUUAACUUUUUAAGAGAGUAUUAUUGGGAUUUUCAAAUAACGGAAUAUCCACAUAAUUUUGCAAAUGAUGUUAUAGAAACUUUAGAAAAUGAAAAUGAUUUAAUUCUAUCCAAAAAAGACCAAUUAAAUGCUUCUUCAGAAAAAAACAUGUUUCAUUAUAUUCAAAAAUUAUUUGACUACGAAGGUUUUUUAAUUGAUAUAUAUUUUGAAUACAAAAAUCAAAAAUACGCUAUAUUUUUAUAUACAUCUCUUAAUACAACUUCAGAUGGAUCUCCAGUUGGAGAAAAUAUCUUAAAAACGAGAUUUAUUAAAAAAAAAAAAUUUAAACCAAUUCAUUUACUUUUUAACAUAUGGAAAAAUUAUAAUCAAAAUAAAAUUAAUUUAAUAUAUUCCCAAUUAUAA